GUGGUUUCUCGACCGGUGUAAACAUUAGUAGUUGAAUUUGUAAACAGAUCGAUCUGUUCAUUUUCAUUAUUCAUUCUUCUUCGAACUACUGCCUACCACGGAUUAGUUCAAAUUUAACAUUUUAUCUCAUCUGUGCUGCCACCCGGAGUGGCGGGUCUGUAUUCUUAUUUCUUGUCAGUUGUCUGUGAGUUUCAUCCAAUUUUUUCAUAUAUAGUUAAACAAAAAAACAAAUUCGGAGUGACAAAAUCGGUUUUUCGUUUUACUAUUAAUAACAGUAUCGUUGUGCAAACCGGAUUAAUGAUUGCCGAGUGAAUUCAGAAUAAUUAUGUAUAGUUCUGAUGCGUUUGCUAGCGGCGGUAAAAGCGACGGUGCCAAUGACGACAACGUGUCCAAAAACUACAACAACCACUAUCGUCGACCUCGCAAUGAACCCAAUCAAUUUCCUCAACAGCAACCAGCAUAUUACUCCACUCAACAAAACUACUAUAACCGAGGACAAAAGAAGACAAAAUGGGUAAAUCGUAAAAAUGUUAUCGAUUUAAAAAAGUCAAGCUCCGUGUUGCCAGCUCGAGCGCCGCGUCCGGAUCCGCCGAGUUCUUGGGCAAAUUAUAAAGUUCCUAAUAGUUGUGAUGAUAAAAACAACAAAAACUCUAACAGAACAAAUUACCAGAAAAAACAAUUUUACAAAAAAAACAAUAACCCUUGUACAAAUCGUCUCAAUAACUUGUGGAAUCAAGACCUUUCGAAUAGUUAUUGUGUUGAUCCAACCAAAAGUAGUAUAUUGUCCUGUGCCAUUGCUGAAUCUAAGAUAGUGUCAGAGGAAAACGCGAUAGUUCCUAUUAAGCCUAAAAUAAUUUUGAAGAAAUCAUCGUCAUCGACCGAAGAAAAGAAAAACAAUCUCUUCAAUUGCAAUAUAAAAAACGACUAUGUCAAUAAUACUAAUGAAGUGCAAAUAGACCCGUUCGAAAAGGUCAUUUCAACACAUAUCGAACCAAAUGUAUUACAAAACACCGUUGAGAAAAUGUCUGCCUUAAGUGUGGCGGAUGCGCCGUUUGAGAAUGAUCAUGAAUCUACUAAUACAAGUCAAGAGUCAUUAGAAGACGAUAGACCGCAUCCGUUGGCCUACAUGGGCACCAUGAACAAGUUUCCUUAUAAAGGUCAUAGAUUUGUUUAUACAAACAAUAAUGCUUGUCAGCAAAACCCAAACAAACGAGAUCUAUUAUCACAUUUAACAGCCAAAGACUUUGAGUUCGAUCGGUAUGCUCGUUAUUCACAACAAGCGUGUCAAAUCAAAGACUAUGUACGAACCAUAACGUACCAGAAUGCCAUCGAACAAAACGCACACUAUUUACAAGGCUCGGUUGUGAUGGUAUUGAGAGCCGGACUGGGAUUAUUAGCCAUGAUGUGUGCUCGACACGGCAGGGCUCGAAAAAUUAUCGCUUUGGAGACGAGUUAUUGUGCAGAGUACACUAAAAAGAUUAUUGAAGAUAAUGGAUUUGCCGACGUCAUAACUGUGAUAAAUAAAAGACCAUCCCAAAUCAAAAGUCUGAGACAAUUCGGUGUACAACAAUUGGACGUCAUCGUUUCGGAUUGGAUGGGAGACGCCGUUUUCGGCAACGGCGACCAACUGGAAGAUUUAAUUAUGGCCAGAGAUUUGUUUUUAAAACCCGGAGGUCUGCUGAUUCCUGAAAACGUACAGCUGUACGCUCAAGCUCAUGAUUCCAGAAGGCAUUAUGAACAUAAUUGUACGUUUUGGGAUGACGUUUACGGUUUCGACAUGUCAUCGAUGAAGAAAUUGAAUUUAACCCGCUCGGAUAAAGAAAAGGAGAGACCCAAGGGAAAAAACAGAAAAACCAAAAACGGCAAACAAGUCUAUCCGAAUUGGAAAGAACCUCUUGUCACGUUCCUGAAUCCGUACAAAGUCGUAUCCAAAGCCUGCUUGUUGUACGAAUGGGACUUGCGCACGUGUAGCCUGAUCGACGCACGUUGUGUUCACGACAGGCCUAUGAACUUGUUGUUCACCCGGACAGACUAUUGUCAUCUGAUAGAACUGUUCUUCGUCGCCAGGUUCCCUUAUUUGCUGUCCGAAGACGGGUGUCCGACGACCGAUACGGCUCAUCGUCAAACCUACGACCUGGAGUCGACCAUCGGCUUCUCGACCAGCUCCGCCAGCCCGAACACUUCUUACAUGCAAUGCGGACUGUUGUUGGACCAACCGCUGUUGGUGUUCAAAGGCGACACGUUCCGCGGUCGGCUGUGCGUGUGGCGCGAGCAAAACCAAACCGCCGAAAGCGCUGCGACGAAGCCGCCCGGCAAACAGGACACGUGCAAGUGUUGCGACAACGCCAUCGCAUGCCCCGAUUUGAACAACGACCCGUUGCAUUUGAGAGACGAGUAUUUGAAUUUUUCGCUCAAGUACAGUUUCAAAAACAAGUACACGUCCGUGAACGCCAACGUUUGCCGUUUCAAACUGAGAAGACACGCUUUUUGAGUGGGGUUUUUUUUUUUUUUUAAAUUUAUUUAUACAUUCCAUGUAUCGUUUAAAAAAAUUAGAUCAUUUGUUCCUUAUUGUUUUUUUUAAAUUUAAUAUGUAUUGUAUCGUUUAAUUUGGUCCGUUUGAAUUUAAUGUACUCCGUUAAAAAAAUAUAUAAAUGUUUUUUUUUGCGUUUACAACGAACGUGUAAAAUAUAUUCGAUAAAUACUUUACGACACUAUUAUUAAUUGUUUUUUUUUUAAAUCAAUACAGGUAAAAAAUAAAAGCGUAAAAAUUGUAAAAACGAUGAAGGGUGUAGUACAAACAAAAAAAUACUGUUAUCCUAAACUCAAUUUUACCAAUAUGUUAUUAUGAUUGUCAGACAAAAAAUAUAAGUGUUAUAUUGCAAUAAUAAUUAUUAUAAAAAUGAUGUGCUGUAGUAAAAAAAUGAAAAUA